AUGAGUAGUCACCACGAUCAUACUGGACAUCAUGCCAAGAACAUGACCUCGGAGGAGGGCGUUAUUGUUGAGGGCAACUUCGUCUUGAAACAGUUCAACUGCAAGAUGGCGCCCAAACGAUAUGAGCAGGUGCUAGAGGAUCAAGAGGACAGAGUUGACGGGGACAGAGCACGUGUGAUUGCCUUCAGUGACCUUCACGUGGAUAUGGCUUUUAAGAAUGAUCAUGGAUACCAUGUUGAAGUGCCUACAGUCCGUCCUCUCACCGAAGCUGAUAAUCCGAAACAACAGAAACAGCGGGAGAAAAAGCACGAGGCAAAAGUCAAGAAGAAGCAACAAAAGGCAGCGCGCAGAGCGGCAUCAGGGGCAGAGCCACUACCCGACACAGAUGAUGACAAACUGCCUGAAAAGCCCUCACUUCUACGCUCCAGAGUCAUGUUCUGCGUGGACAAAGACAUCAGAUUCAAUUCCUGGAGCGUCAUAUACCACGAUGACGAGAACCAGUACCUUGCUGCCACCCUUUUCAUAGAGACCACAAUGGGACAGAUUGCUAUACAUAAUGUACACAACCCCAACACUGAAGAUCAGAAGUUAGAGGUCGAACCUUUGAUGAGACGACUUUUCGAGCCCGGUUUGCAUAUUGUGGUCGGCGACUUCAACCUCCAUCACGAGUCAUGGGCCGGACCUCUAUUCAAGAAAAACCAAUGGACGCCCAAAGCCCAAGAACUGAAGACUUCGAUGAGCGCCGCCGACCUUAAGCUUGUGACAAAGCCGGGGACUAUCACAUACACGAGAAGUGGUCAGAAAACCUCCGAGCAUGACAGAAACGGAGACCCUGCAUCUUCGGGCAAUGUGGCAGCUUCAAGCGACCCAGCAACCCAUGCGGAAGACCUCAUUGCCUCAACAUCCCCCGUGGAGGGAGACUCAGGGAGCACCUGGGUUGACCGAAUCGCCUCGUGCAUUGAUCUUACCUUCAUUAGCAAACAACUUCGACCUCGGGUUCGGAGCUGGGGUGUCGACCAGAUCAGAGAUCUCGAUGAAUCCGAUCACCGUUGCAUUCGAACAGUCAUUGACCUUGAAGUCUUUGUGGACGAAACCAAGUAUUACAAUUUCCAAAGGAUGGCAAAGGGUGCAUAUCAGGCCUUCAUGAACAGAAAUAUGCCAAUACUUAACGAUUACAAACUCGACAACGAGGACGACGUGAACAAGGGUAUCACGGCGUUGUGUAUGCUCAUGCUUGAAGCGCGAGAUGAGUUUGUUCCAAGUCACACUGCUCACAAACCGAAAGUCAAUCCUAAGCCAGUGUCUAAGGCCGCAGACCUUGAAACUCUCGAGCAAUUGCAGACUCCAGACGUUGAACAUCGGGUAAGGAAGCAGCGAUGUCGAAGCAAAGCGUGGUUGCUUCGUCUGCAGCAGAAGAUCAAGGAGCGCAAUGCCUACGCGGCCCAGAAGAGCCAGACUCCAAACGGCAUUUACACUCUAGCCAAGGCAGCGGCACGAAGAGCGAAGCCCAGGGUGGUGGACGAUGUUCCCACCCUCGACAUAGACACGAACGGUGUCACAUACGAGACUAACGAGGAGAAGGCGGAUUGUCUCAGACACAAACUAUGGCCUGAAACCAGUGACGACGCUCCUCCCGAGACCCCCAUGGACGACCUAGACCCAGAUCGACAUUCGUUUGAGAUAGCCGAUUCUUUAGAGGAACACCAAGUCAAGAACGCUAUCAAGAAGCUUGUUGCUCGCAAGGCACAUGGGCCUGACCAAGUCACUACCGACGGCAUUAGACUAGCCUCCGAUGCCAUUACGCCUUUCCUCACGCGCCUGUUCAGAGCUUGCAUGACCCUUCGCUUCGUUCCCAAUGCCUUCAAGAGGGCUACCACAAUCAUCAUUCGCAAGCCUGGCAAGGCCACCUAUAACUCUCCGAAGAGCUGGCGCCCUAUAGCCCUCCUUUCGGUGAUAGGAAAGAUCUACGAAAGGAUCCUCAACGAUAUCAUAGUUCUUGCAGCCAUCGAGCACGGUCUCUUGCCCGAUACCCAGUACGGCGCGCCCGGUGGAAACACUACCCGAGCUCUUCAGGAUUUGCUCGCUGUCUUUUACGAUGCAUACGCUUCGCGAAAGUUGGACGUGAACAAACUCUUCAAGAGGAGCUUCAAGGCGUCUCUCUUGGGUCUUGACAUGGCUUCUGCUUUUGACACUGUUCCGAGGAAAAAGGUAAUUCAGGAGCUUGCUCGGAAAGGGUAUCCUCAGUGGCUUCUUGAAACCAUACACUCGUUCCUCUCCAACCGGACCACUUCUCUCAAGCUACCUCGUAGCCAUUCUGAAGAGUUUUAUGUCAACAUCGGGAUCCCGCAAGGCUCUCCUCUGUCGCCCAUCUUGUUUCUCUUCUUCGCCGCUCCUCUGCUUGAGCGCAUCCACGCCAAACGUCUCGAGGGCAUUACAAUCCGUGCAUUUGCUUACGUUGACGAUACGUAUCUCGUUGUUACGUCGGAAUCAUACGCACGGAAUUGCGAAGGUCUUGCUGAAGUUCACAAAGACAUUAUGGAAUGGAGCGCUGAGACUGGUAUCACGUUUUCGCCACACAAGUACAACCUCAUGCACAUCAGAGAUCCCGGGCACACUGGCCCGCCCCCGACCGAUCUGCCCGACAUUCCUGGUAUCAAGGAUAACCCCGAACUCUUGAAGGACAGCUUCAGAGUGCUAGGCGUCAUCAUUGACAAUCAGCUUAGUUGGACACACCAUGUUGAGCACAUUGAAGAGAGUGUAGAACGUUCACUCCGUUACAUGUGGGGUAUUGGGACAUCCACAACGGGUUCGGUACUGAAAGGUGCCAAACAGUAUUACGUCGGCGCGAUUCGACCCAUCAUCUCGUAUGCCUGCCCGGCUUGGUACUUGCACAGAGAUGGUCGGAGGCUCGAAUGGCCGUUCAAGGCGAAACUCGUUGAGCGUUUGGAGUCGCUGCAGUACAAAUGCCUAAAAAGGGUUUCUGGUGCGAUUAAUAGAACCUCUCACAAUGUUAUCGAGAAGGAGGCAUACAUUGAACCUAUUCGCAUAUUUCUCCAUCGCACAGUUAUGACAUGGAGGGCCUCGUCUUUCAAGGUUUCUCAUCUUUCGCCUUAUUCAGUGGAGAGCAUUCCUGAGGAGGCUCGCAACCUUGGAACGGCUAAUUAUCGGCUCAAUGUGGAAGCACGGGUAUUAAUUUGCAAUGCCAGGUUGCACGUCCAGUACCCAGAGGAUUACAAGCCCAAGCGAAAGCGGAACAAGCGCAGACGCAAGCCCAAGGCGAAGAAGCCCAAGGCGAAGAA